AUGGGCAAAAUCGUGGUUGACAACUUGGCCAAGGUGCCUCGAUGUCUGGCCGAAUCUAUUACACGCUCGAAGGCAGAGUAUCGAAGACUAGGGAACUCAGGCCUGAGAGUCUCGAAUCCUAUUCUCGGUGGUCUAACUUUGGGCAGCUCAUGCUGGCUUCCGUGGGUUCUAGGUGAAGACAAGGCCCUGGGUAUUCUGAAGUCUGCUUAUGAUCGCGGUAUAAACACCUGGGACACUGCAAAUGUCUACUCAAAUGGUGAGUCCGAGAGGAUCAUCGGGCAAGCGCUUCAGAAAUACAAGAUCCCCCGCCAGAAAGUUAUUAUCAUGACCAAAUGUUAUCGCGUCCUAUGUGAUCCUGAAAACUAUGAUCCGGGCUCCAUGGUGACCAUGCACCAUAAGUUAGCCGAUUCAAGCAAGGAUUAUGUGAACCAAUGGGGAUUAUCACGUUCUGCGAUCUUCAAAGCAGUUGAAGGAUCACUCAAGCGUUUGGAUACCAGCUAUAUCGAUGUUCUUCAAGUCCACCGUUUUGACCCAACGGUGCCUAUGGAAGAAACCAUGCGCGCCUUGGAUGACCUGGUGAGGGCUGGCACGGUUCGCUACAUUGCCGCUAGUUCAAUGCGGACAUAUCAAUUUUCCAUGAUGCAAUAUGUCGCCGAGAAGAACGGGUGGACCAAAUUCAUCUCGAUGCAAAAUCAUUACAACUUGUUGUAUCGUGAAGAGGAGCGAGAGAUGAAUCCAUAUUGCAACCUCACCGGCGUUGGUCUCACACCGUGGGCUCCAUUGGCAUCUGGUAGGCUCGCCCGUGACACAAUAGAGAAUUCAAGCUCAAAACGGGCCGAGUGGAGCGCUCGUGGGUCACUAUAUGACAAUGGUGUCGAGGAUAUUGACGGUAUCAUCUCACGAGUUAAAGCGAUUGCUCUAAAACGAGGGUGGCCAAUGAGUCAUGUCAGCUUGGCUUGGCUGAAUCGGCGGGUCACUGCACCCAUCAUUGGGUUUAGUUCAAGUGAGCGCAUAGAUGAGGCUCUAGGUGCUCGAGGCAAAGAGCUAACGGAGGAAGAGGAACGGUAUUUGGAGGAAUUAUAUCUUCCCAGAGCUAUCCAAGGGCAUGAAUAA